CGCGGUGAGCUGCUAUCAACCCGUGUCUUUUUAAAACAUCCUCAACCCGAUUCUCCACCAUYCUUAGAACCAAAACCUCUCAAAAAGAUAGGGACGUAAGAGGGAAGACUCAAACCCCAGGCUGAACAUGUUAGUGAAGACAAAAACAGUCAGUUAAAACAAAUGUGUUCAUCCUGGCAAAGUGUUCAUUAUGUCUGCAUGAUAGAUAGAAUGGAUCAGGAGAGGAACUGAAGACCCGGCUAAAACCAUGGGCGUCCUUCGUCUCUCAAUCAUCUCCUGAGGCUGAUAUGGGUAUUUUCAGCAGGAAGUUGUGAACAGAGUUUAAAAGCUGCUCCAGGACUGCAAACAUUCACAGGAAGCUGGACCAGCAAWGGCUCUGCUGAAGGUUCUGCUGCUGCUGCUGGGUGUUUCAGUGAACUCAGGUGUUUCUCUGCAGAAGAGAAUCAUUGGAGGUCGAAACUGUGAAAACACUGAGCGUCUUUAUCAUGUUCGGCUGGAGAGCAGCAUGGGUGAUGCAAAACUCCGCUGUGGAGGAUCUCUGAUCCACCCUGAGUGGAUCCUGACUGCAGCUCACUGCUGGAAGCCAGGAUGGACUUUUGCAGUAAUGUUAAAAGUUCAUCCACGGACGGUUAUACAUUACAAUCAGGUAAUCYGACAUGAUCCUGUGAUUUAUACUCAUGGCGACCACCAGCAUGAUAUCAUGUUGCUGAAGCUUCAUACACCAGUAACAAAUGUCCCAGUUGUUCAGCUACCAGACUGCAGGCAUCGUCUUAAAGUAGGCGAUGUUGUUCAACUGGCAGGARAGGGAGCAAUGACAACCAGGCUCAAUAAUCAGCGAUUGCCCCCCGGUACUCCUAUUCCAGCACAUCUUCAAUGUGUCGACAUGAAUGUUGUUGCUGUUUCCCAAAUCCAUCAGACGUAUGGGCAUAUAUUCUAUACUGGAGAACCAAACAAGGAUAUAUGUCGUGGUGACUAUGGUGGAGCAGCGGUGCACAACGGCAUGAUUUAUGGUGUGAUUUCUUUUGGUGGACCAGUCUAUGCAUGUCAGAGACCACCUAUUAUCAUAGAUGUGUGUAAAUACCUUGACUGGAUAAGAUACACAACUGGUAUUCAAUAAAACACAAACACCCAUUAAAUAAAAUGCUCAAAUUUCCUCUUGCA